AUGACAUCCGAAGAGGAAGAUGAUCUUGGAAUUAAACCGGUAAGAGAAACUACAUUAAACUGGGUAAACCAUAACUUCCAGGAGGCCGUAAUCAGUGCUGGCAAAGGAAACUACGUGGUGGAUUGUUUAUUGGGCGAGGGAGGAUUCGGAGCCGUUUAUAAAGUUCACCUGGAGUCGAAUCCGAGGAAAUUUUUUGCAAUGAAAGUCGAGAAAAAGUUGGAGACAAGAAAGGACAGUAAACUCAAGAUGGAAAUCGCGAUUCUGAAAGCUGUGGCGGAGAAAAAACAGCCGUAAGUUGGCCCGAGCGUCGUAGGUUAUAUUCUAGACAUUUUGCAUUACGGUAAUCACAUCUAUUUUACAAAUCUUUUAGGAAAAUCCCGAAUAUAUUAAGAUGAUUAGAAAUCUUUCAGAAAGAAACCAACCCAUUUCACAGAGAUCAUCGACAGAGCAAAGAAAGAUACUUUCACUUUGAUUGUAAUGCAAUUGGUGGGCAAAUCUCUGGCCGAUCUGAAGGCCUCUUGUCCCUCCAAAGUUUUCUCAACUUCCACUGGAUUGGGCGUUGGCUCACAAUGCCUCCAGGCGGUCGAGGAAUUACAUGGCGCCAAGUUUGUACAUCGCGAUAUCAAGCCCGCCAAUUAUGCAGUAGGAUUGGAGGAGAAAAGUCAUACCGUAAGUUAUUUACUGCAGUAUUUUUGAGAUUUUACUCUUUUGAAUCUAAUAUGAUAAUUUCUGAUUAUAUUAUCUUAUCUUCAGGUCUAUAUUUUGGAUUUCGGAAUUGCCAGAAGAUUCGUGAAGAGUGACGGGGAGUUGAAGACGCCGAGAGAAGGCAUCGGAUUCAAGGGAACUGUCCGUUUCGCCUCUCUAGCUUGCCAUAGAAACUUUGAUGUUGGUCCAAUCGAUGAUGUGGAGUCCUGGUUCUACCUUCUCAUCGAUAUUCUGAUACCGAAAGGACUUCCAUGGAAGAAAUUAUCGGACAAACAUGAUGUCAGAAAAGCGAAAGAAGAGUUCCGAUCGAAAGGAACUUUCCUUUCCACCUUCCCUGAUAUCAAGUAUAAGAUGGAGCUCCUCAAAAUUUUCGAAUAUAUCCAACAAACUCAGUAUUGCGAGUCGGUGGAUUACAAUUACAUUUACAAGAUGCUUGAGUUGGUAAGUGCCCUUAAGAUUGAAAAAAAUAAAUUUUUUGGUAUGAAUUAUUAUAUUGCUUUAGGCAGCCAAGAUUUCCAACGUCCCAAUUGACGCCGCAUUCGAAUGGGAGAACGCCAAGUCCAAGGAGUCUUCUGUUUCGCAAAUUUCAAAAGAAUAA